AUGAAUCAGUCAUCACAGUCUCAGGAAGGUUCGGGGCGGUUUUGGAAUAAGUUCAAGUCAUCAACUAAAUCGUUAUCUACAUCUUUGGCACAUCUAUCGAUCAAAACAGAGAAAGACGGUGAUACGGUAAAUACUACAUUGGUUCACAGGGGGCUUGUCAAAUUUUAUGAAAACCAGCAUCCUUUCCAAGGCUUCCCAGGUUGGCUGGGGGAGAAAGAGGAUUUACCAAACGAACGUAAAAUACUGGAUACCCAAGUGAAGCAUGAUAUGAAAAAGCAAAGCUCCCAUCAUUUGUCAUCAUCCUUUUCCCACAGAAGGAAGGCUUCUUCAGAGGAUCCGAUGGAUGCACCUACUUCAAAUGAAGGCGCACCAGAAUACACACCUGCGAGUAAAUCCUUUCAAGGAAUAUACAAUAACCAUACAAGUGCUUCUAGCACGACACCGAGAAGAGCUUCCUCCCGGCCUACUAGACCUUCAGCAGGCCAAGAAUUUAGGGCGAGCCUGGGUCGAAGUAAAACGUCUGGCAGUUUUAACACUUCCAGCACACCAACGCCGCCACCAGACACAAGCAGUGGAGUAAUGGCAAUGAAAGAUCGACUAAAAAGACGCAACAAUGAUUAUGGAUUUUAG